CUGAUGAAUGUUGAGUGGUUCUGCUUGAACCAUGACUUGCUGCCAAAAGGAUGUGUAAGGAACUCAACUUUUGACUUCUCAGAUUACAUUUCUGGAUGUGCAGUCCAUACAGUGAGGGAUUCUGAGCUAGGGAUGCAAAUCUUAACUGUAACAAUGACCUCAGAAGAGACAUCUUGGCCUGUCCCAAUGAAGGCUAUUGGGUCACAGAACCUAUUGACCAUGCCUGGUGGUGUUACCAAAUCAGGAUACCUACACAAAAAAGGAGGAACUCAGUUUCAACUCUUAAAGUGGCCACUGAGGUUUGUAAUUAUCCACAAGGGUUGUAUUUACUACUUUAAAAGUAGCACAUCUGCAUCUCCUCAGGGUGCCUUCUCAUUGAAGGGCUAUAAUAGGGUUAUGAGAGCAGCAGAAGAGACAACAUCAAGCAAUGUAUUCCCUUUCAAGUUGGUUCACUUUAGCAAGAAACAUAGGACCUGGUUCUUUUCUGCCUCCUCUGAAGAUGAAAGGAAGGACUGGAUGGCCUCACUUAGGAGAGAAAUAGAUCGCUACCAUGAAAAGAAAGAAGCAGGAACUGAUUUAAGUGACUCCGGUUCAGAUGCUGAUAGUUUCUAUGGCUCCGUAGAACGACCUGUUAAUAUACAUUACUCUCAACAUUCAAUAGAAAAUUCAGAUUAUGACCAGGAUGAAGAUGAUGAAUACUUACAGCCAGAUAAUUCAGAUAGUGUAAAGUGUGAAGAUCCAAAAGUCUUUCCGCCAUCUUAUCCACCUCCUCCAAUUCCUCCAAUGGGAAGAGCUUCCUAUACAGAGACAAAAUCACGUUCAUUCUCUGGCAAGUGCAGUGUGGGUGUGCUUCUACCGCCAUCCCUGAAAAAAAGUUUACCUGAUAUUAGGCCUGAAUUUCUACUGAGUAAGAAAAGGGAACCCCCUUUUCAUUGCCAAGCAGAGCAUAAUGUGAGGCCCCACUCAACAGGUCAGGCAAGUGGCCAAGGAUCACUGGUGCCUCCAGUUCCUCCAGCCAAAAACCCCAUAUCUGUUAGAAACUCUUGUUUGGGAUCAGCUGAACGUCUGCCACCAGCCUGUGUGUCAUCUACUGCUGAAGUGUGUGAGAGGCUUAAAGACUUAAAAGCUUUUGUACAAGCACCACCUCCAUUGCCAAGCAGCAAGCCCAAGUUAUCAUCAUUUACUGUGAAUACAGUGGACCUAAAAGCACCCAAAAAACAGGGGGAGCCUGGACUUCUGAUUCCUGAAGUACUGUUUAAUUCUCAGGUGCCCAGUGACAAACCAUCUCUGCCUAUAUGCAAACCAGAGAAGCCUUUGCCUCCACAUUUAGGUUCUGUGCCUACUAGGCGGUUAGCCCCUGAUGGACAAAGUUUCCGAAGUCCUUCAUUUGAAAAACUAGCAGUGCCUUCAAAAUCAAAGUUUUCUGGAGAAGAUUCAGAUGACGACUAUGAAAAGGUUGAGCUGCCUAAUUCAGCAUUUGUUAACACCUCAGACUCCCUUGAAGUUGAAAGGAUGUUCAAAGCUGAAAGUUCCACAGGACAUCCAAAAAAUGGAUUAUUCUGUAUCAGGAAUUCAUCCACAAAAACUGGAAAGGUAUUAGUUGUGUGGGAUGAAUCUAUUGAGAAAGUGAGAAACUACAGGAUCUUUCAACAGGACUCCAAAUUUCACCUGGAGGCAAGUGUACUUUUCAAGAGUCUCGGAGGUCUUAUUGAAUACUACUGCAACCAUGUCUUGCCCAGCCAUAACAAUUUGAUGCUACGAUUGCCAUAUGGUUCUGGACAAAGGUGACAGACCUUCACAGUCCACUCUUACCAUCAAGCAUUGUUGCUAAAUAUGGGUUUACAGAUUUCAAAUGUUUAUAUUCCCAGUGGACUGAGGAUGGGAAGAGGUGGCCCUCUAAAUAUUGUUGGACUGCAACUUGAAUAAUCUCUCACCAUUAACUAUGAUGCCUAGAGUUGCUGGAAAGUACAGUCCAGCAGCACAUGGAAGGCCAGAUGUUCUCCAACCCUGCUGUAAACAAACAGGAAUGUAUGUACUGUUUUCUCUGCACUUUCACAGAAUGUCUGGGUCUGUUAUGGCAAAGUACAGUAUUUUUCUACAAGGUUUUCUGGCCCAGAUUCCAUAUAAUAAGUAGUGGGACACAUUGCCAGAAGAGGCUCAAUGUGAUUUUGUAUAAUUGUUAUCUCUGUGAUGUGACUGAUCAGUAGGUACCCUUCCUAAUCUGUUAUACUUUCUCUUAGACCUCUAGAUAUAAAGAUAGACUAACUGACACAACUAUUAAAAUAGAAAGGGUGUGACUUGAUGGGGGAAUUUGGAGUGAUCCUGGUCACUUUUAAAAGAUUUUUAUCUUUGCUUUUAUCUCUUUUAUCUUGCACUUGAGCAAUUCUUCCAUUUACAUGAGAGAUGUUCCUUCUCCUGUGAGAAGGAUCCAGAUGGCACUUAAGAUUGCUCCAGUUUAUCUCCCUUUUGAUUAUUGAUGUCCCCUCCCCUUUCCCUGUCUUUUGUUGCAGAUGUUGCUCUGUAGGCCACAAUUACUUCCCUUUUUAAAUUGUGUUUAAAUUAGUAAGUGGCAUAAUGCUACAGCCUAGCAUGGAUACUCCCUUAUGCCUGAAAUAGCACUAUGUCACUUAGUAUAAUAUUUAAAAAAUCUGAGAAGAAGAAGAUAAGAGGAGAGGGUUUCUCCACCAACUUUUCUAUUGUCACAACCCACUGCAUACAUCACAAGGUUGUCAAUGAAGAGAAUGCUGUUCAUAACUCUGUUUGGGAGGAAAUUAAGCAACUACAUAGCCUGCAGAAUGGAAUAAUCAGGAGCACUCCUAAUUGCACCAAAUAAACUACAGUCCUAGUGCUGUGCCAGAAAACAGUGUAACAGCUUGCAAAAGGGGUGGGGUGGAUCGCUCUUACUUAAAACACAUGUGCUCACUGGAAAAAAGGGUGAAUUAAGCCACACUAAAAGAAAACCAAACCAUAAGCAACGUGUUAAUGACCACUUAUUUGUUUUCCUGAAUCAGCACUGAUGUUUGACAAAGUAUUGUACUGAUUUAUAAUUAAGCUAUAAUGGACACAGGACCUCACAUAGCAUGCUGGUUUUUAGACUGUGAAUUAAGCAGGCUUUAGAUCAUGUCUUGUAAACUAAGCCAAUUGCACCCUUAGGAUUAUGCCAAACCUUAGUGUCCUUACAGUGCCUUUCUCCACUAUAUUAUAGACCAGCAUGAAGGUGCUCUGCCAUUUUUUAUAUUUAAGGAACUUUUGGCCCUCCAAGGCAUUUUAAUGAUGGUGGUGCUGUUCACAAAGUAUACACCACACCUCCCUUCCUACUCAAUGGACUCUAGAAUGCUACAAAAUUAACAGCAUGCCAGCUUAUCUGAAAGUUCAUUUAGUUAAGAGUGAAUUGUAAUCAUAGGAAAAUAUGCAAUCUGAUUACACACACACACACACACACACACACACACACACACACACACAUUUAGAUAUAUGUAUGUGCAUACACACAUGUUUUUGCUUUUGCUGCCAAAUCUAUAGGUUACAUUUAUUAACUGAUAAUGUAAUGUAAUAUGCUUUUAACAAUAUGGUUAAUGUGAAAGCUAAGUCUGCUGUCGUCUGAUCAUAUUCUAAAUACUGUUAAUGAUGAACUCCUGUGAGGUAGGCACUUGACUCAUCUGAAUUUAUCCAAAGAGGCUUUUGAAUCUGGCACUGUACUGAAAUUUCUCUCUUUUGUAUAUUAUUAUCUAACUCAAUAUUCAAUGAACAGUAAAUAGUUCAUUAAGGUA